AUGAACUCAACCUUUUUUUUGUAUUGCUCUCACUAUAAAUUAACUGUGGAGUAUGUGCUGCGGUGGCGCCGUCUGAACGCGCCCUUAGACGAGGUCCGCGCUGGAUGCAAUGCGGCGGCGCGGGGGCGGGCGGACCCCGAGCACAAUCGAUACACCAUGGAACCCGUGCGGGAGAACAUACGGACGGAUUAUCGCCGCUCACCCGGUGUACCACGUGGGGCU